CUACUCUUGGAAGUCACGGUGUGUUUGAUGUGUCGUGCUGUUCACGCUUCUUCGUGCCACGUGCGGUCAACGCAAGAUUUUGAGGCAGCGAGUACAGUGUCGUCGUCUCGACCGUGAGGAUCGAAAUCCAAUGAACUUAUGUGUGGGCAUCCUUUCGCUACAUAACGGUUUACCGGUGAGCCCAACACACGAGGCUCCACUCUCCGCUAUGCAGCUAAAGUCGGCGAGUGCGGCAGCAAUUCACAGUGGAGCCUCACAGCUUCACCCGGUCGAUUCCAAGUGGCUGGUCCGUUGGACAACUGCGCCCACACGUGGCAGGCUUCUCUCAAAUAAAGACCACGGGCCUCGAGACAGCGCGUUGGAUCUCGGGGGAAGCAAAUAUAGCCAGCCCUGUGUCACAGACGAACGUGAGGAGACUCGGACCACGGCCGUGGAGCGUCCUGAGCGUUGUGGAGAAAGGGUCCAACACCGGUUUUUUGACAAUGACAUGGACUUUCCCAGGGCGAGCGGUGGCCAAUAGAUGUCGUCGUCGAGGGUCAAACGUGGCAGGGCCAGGUCAAGUUGGGCUGCAUGGCGCCUCCCGUUCGAGGCUCUUUCGGCAUGCAUGCAUUUGAGUUGGGCUCUGCGGCGCCAAACAGCCAUGGUGGAUCCGCCUCACAGCAAUUGCAGCGCACCACGUAGCUCUGGCUCGGGUUCUGGACACUGGAAGAGUCAUAAUUUUGAACGUGUAGCGUGGUUUGUA